AUUACUACUGUAUUUCGUAUUUCUUACUACUUCUGUUGGAAAACGAUUCCAUCAUUAUUCAAGUUAUUUUUUUCUUCGAGAGGACGAAAAAACCUUCCGCACGCUACGUCGCUACCUCCGGUGGGUGUACACCGACAAUAUUGAAAAUCAUGGAUUUGAAGUCAGGUGUAUCGCCAUCGCCAUCAACGAGCAGAAUAGAGACAGUAGAGAGGGAAGAAAAUACGGUGGCACGUCAUGUGCCAAUAAAAGGACGACGUCGCAAUCUCGGGCGUCAAGCAAGGAAGCGACGGAAAAAAUAUCUCGAAAUCGAAGCUGCUGCGUCGGCUUUUGUCGCAGCAGCUGCUGCUGUUACAGCAUGCACCAUUGAGAACCAGAGUUCCAAUCCGGAAUCGACGGUGCUAGAAUCAGCAACAAAUCCUCAAAACGAAAAACAAAAAAGUGGCAGCAGCAAUAUCGCGAGCACCAACUGCAUUCUUCCAACCGAUCGGAGUUAUAUUUUGGACGAUGUACGACGGCGGACGAUGCUGUCCGAAAACGACCGGCGCGACUUGAUACAGCAGCUAGGUUAUCUACCUGGGAACGCUUUACAAGUAAUGGCUCGUGUCGAGGAUGCAUUUUCAACGGAAGACCUACAGCAUAUAAUUGCGGCGACGGUCGCGGGAUCAAAAACUAGUAGUAAAAACAGCCCCAAUGCGACAGCAACGAUGGAAUCAAGCACCAAUUGCAAAGAAAUUAAAACAAACAGGAAAGAUCCUGGGAUGACGGCCAGGAUGGUCCAGACGAUGAUGAAGGAACCGUUGGUGAUUAAACUUUAUCCACUUGCAUUGCGAGAUGAAAGUAGUAGUACGAAACGGCGAAGAAAACGACGGCGUGAGGAAAAGGAAGAUCUCUCUACUUCUAGUGAUAAGGAAUUGGAUGUCAUCUGCCAAGGAACUUCGAAGACCGUGAGAGAGGAUCAAUCAAUCCAUCCUGCAGCUUCUGCUCCMACCCAUACCAUUCCUCUCAUGGAACCUUUCCCCACGAUCUACUGGGUGACGCACCCUUUAAUCAAAGCUUUGAUUUCAAAAUUAGAGUUGGACAAGGUCAAUGUACGGUUCGAGCAACGUCUUCUUGACGAGAUCAGAGAAAGAAAGGCUCCGGAAAAGUGCAAGUACAAAGACAACUCCUCUUCGUCCUCGCUGGAGUCCAUGAAAUGCGCUCACAAGUCGUAUGGGCGCGAACGACGCGAAUUACUUUCGGAGCAACAUAGAGAGUAUGUCAAGAAGCGUCGAUGGUACGAAGAUUCUAUUUCGUCAAAUAAUCAUGACAGCAAAAAGAUGACACCAUCAAAGGCACCCUUUGGCGAUGGUUGUGGAGUCGCUGGUAUCCGCAAUCCGAGGGCCGUAAAAUGCCUCCACGCACACGCAGCCCAUUACUGGAGCGGCAAUCGUGACAACUUGGUGGGGUACUGGGUAGAACAGGAAUUGAAAAAGCGAAGAACUUAAUGCAGUAAAGCCUUUCGGAUCUA